GACCACAGGCGUGUGUCACGAUGCCUGGCUCAUUUAUUUAUUUAUUUAUUUUGUAGAGAUGGGAUCUCCCUAUGUUGCCCAGUCUGUUCUCAAACUCCUAGGCUCAAGCAAGCCUUCCUUGACCUCCCGAAGUGUUGGGAUUACAAGCAUAAAUCAGUGAAUCCAGCUACACAAAGGAUUUAUAACUUAGUUGUGAAUCUGAUUUCUGCCUUAAAAAAAGAAAUCCUGCUAAGGGAGUUUCUAAGGCUAUAUAUUCCUUUUGUGUCUUUUCAUAGGUACCAAUAAGAAAGCUGUUUAAGACAAGAGCUCUUAGUGGCCGGGCACGGUGGCUCAUAUCUGUAAUCCCAGCACUUUGGGAGGCUGAGGCGGGUGGAUCACCUGAGGUCAGCAGUUCGAGGCCAGCUAGCCAAGAUGGUGAAACCCUGUCUCCACUAAAAAUACAAAAAAAAAAAAAAUUACCUGGGCAUAGUGGUGUGCACCUGUAAUCUCAGCCACUGGGGAGGCUGAGGCAGGAGAAUUGCUUGAACCUGGGAGGCUGAAGUUGCAGUGAGCGGAGAUUGCACCACUGCAGUCCAGCCUGGGCGACAGAGUGAGACCUUGUCUCAAAAAAAAAAAAAAAAAAAAGAGACAAGAGCUCUCUAAAAAGUUUUCUUUUAAAAUACAACUUUUUAACUUAUUUAUUAUGUUUUUUCAAAAUUUCAACUUUUAUUUUAGAUUCAGGGGAUACAUGUGUGGAUUUGUUACAUGGGUAUAUUGCAUGAUGCUGAGGUUUGGGGUGCAAAGCAUCCUUUCACCCAGGUAGUGAGGAUAGUACCCGAUAGGUACUUUUUCAACUCUUGUCCCCCUCUCCCCCCGCCCUCUCUCUCCCCUUCUCCUCUCCCCCUCUCUCACUCUCCUACUUUCCUACUCUCCCUGCACUAGCAGGCCCCAGUGACUAUUGUUUCCAUCUUUAUGUCCAUGUCUAUCCAAUGUUUAGCUUCCGCUUAUAAGUGAGAAUGUGGCCGGGUUCGGUGGCUCACGCCUGUAAUCCCAGCACUUUGGGAGGCCAAGGCAGGCGGAUCACCUGAGAUCGGGAGUUCAAGACCAGCCUGACCAACAUGGAGAAACCUUGUCUCUACUAAAAAUACAAAACUAGCCAGGCGUAGUGGUGCAUGCCUGUAGUCCCAGCUAGUUGGGAGGCUGAGGCAGGAGAAUCACUUGAACCUGGGAGGCCAAGGUGGCAGGGAGCCGAGAUCACACCAUUGUACUCCAGCCUGGGUAACAAGAGUGAAACUCCAUCUCAAAAAAAAGAAAAAAAAAUGUGAGAACAUGCAGUAUUUGAUUUUCUGUUUCUGCGUUAGUUCACUUAAGAUAAUGGCCUCCAGCUGCAUCCACAUUGCUGCAAAGAACACAGUUUUGUUGCUUUUUAUGGCUGUGUAGUAUUCCAUAGUGUAUGUGUACCACAUUUUAUCCAAUCCACUGUUGAUGGGCACCUAGGUUGAGUCCAGCCAAUUUAUUUAUUCCAUAAGUGACUCAAACCAAUAAUCAUUUUUUUAUGGAAAGUUCUGGAGGUAGCUUUCCAGGUUUAGAAGAGCAUAGGUGUAUUUAAAAUGAAUGGGCCGGGCACAGUGGCUCACGCCUGUAAUACCAGCAAUUUGGGAGGCCGAGGCAGGCGGAUCACAAGGUCAGGAGAUCGAGACCAUAUUGGCUAACACAGUGAAACCCCAUCUCUACUAAAAGCACAAAAAAUCAGCUGAGCAUGGUGGCGGGUGCCUGUAGGCCCAGCUACUCGGGAGGCUGAGGCAGGAGAAUGGUGUGAACCCGGGAGGCGGAGCUUACAGUGAGCCGAGAUCAUGCCACUGCACUCCAGCCUGGGAGACAGAGCAAGACUCCAUCUCAAAAAAUAAAAUAAAAUAAAUAAAAUAAAAUGAGUGCAGAAGAUGCACCCCCUCCUAUGAUCCUUUCCAAAAAACACAUUCUCAGAAAUAGGCUAAGAUAGCCGGGCCUGGUGGCUCACACCUGUAUCCUAGCACUUUGGGAGGCUAAGGCGGGUAGAUCACCUGAGGUCAGGAGUUCAAGACCAGCCUGGCCAACAUGGUGAAACCCCAUCUCUACUGAAAAUAACAAAAAAUUAGCCAGAUGUGGUGGCGCAUGCCUGUAAUUCCAGCUACUUAGGAGAUUGAGGCAGGAGAAUCACUUGAACCUGGGAGGCAGAGGUUGCAGUGAGCUGAGAUCGUGCCACUGCACUCCAGCCUGGUGACAGAGCGAGACUCUGUCUCAAAAAAGAAAUAGGCUAAGCUAGCAAGAGGCUUGCUGCCAUAGACAGCUAAGGAUGGUGUUUACUCAUGGGGUGCCUUAAGUAUCCCACAAAUUUGUGACAGGCUGCCAGCCACAGACCUGUUAAUCUGUGAUACCUCCUGUGAUUGGACUUUCCCAGGACUAACAGGGACAAACAAGCAUUGCCAUGACAAAAGUCCCUUAUGUAUGGGACUUAAUACAAAUGACCUUGAGCGCUCGGCACAUUCAGAACAGAGUGUGCUGCUUAGUAUCUUACUUGUCAGGGAGUUCCCAGUCUUUUUAGACUGGUGAUGUGGUUUGGCUGUGCCCCCACCCAAAUCUCCACUUGAAUUGUAUCCCCCAGAUUUCCCACGUAUUGUGGGAGGGACCCAGGGGGAGGUAAUUGAAUCAUAGGGGGCCGGUCUUUCCCAUGCUAUUCUCAUGAUAGUAAAUAAGUCUCAUGGGAUCUGAUGGGUUUAUCAGGGGUUUCUGCUUUUGUUUAUUCCUCAUUUUCUCUUGCCGCUGCCAUGUAAAUAGUGCCUUUCGCCCUCCGCCAUGAUUCUGAGGCCUCCCCAACCAUGUGGAACUGUUGGGUUUCAGCCAAGCAAGUCUGAGGCCCCUUUCCCGCGCCCUCUGGUGGAAAGUGUUCGCUUUUCUGUCCACCCCUGUGAAGGAUUCACCCCGACCCUCCUCAGGUGGCCUUUACUUUGCAGGAGCAAAGCAAGGGAAACCUUUCUUCCAUGGCUCAGGACACACUCCUGGAUCGAGCCAACAGGAGAACUUUCUGUGGAGACUUUAAAAAAGACUCAUCCGUGUGCCGUGUUCACUGCCUGGUAUCUUAGUGUGGACCGAAGCCUAAGGACCCUGAAAACAGCUGCAGAUGAAGAUGGCAAGCACCCGCUGCAAGCUGGCCAGGUACCUGGAGGACCUGGAGGAUGUGGACUUGAAGAAAUUUAAGAUGCACUUAGAGGACUAUCCUCCCCAGAAGGGCUGUAUCCCCCUCCCGAGGGGUCAGACAGAGAAGGCAGACCAUGUGGAUCUAGCCACGCUAAUGAUCGACUUCAAUGGGGAGGAGAAGGCGUGGGCCAUGGCCGUGUGGAUCUUCGCUGCGAUCAACAGGAGAGACCUUUAUGAGAAAGCAAAAAGAGAUGAGCCGAAGUGGGGUUCAGAUAAUGCACAUGUUUCUAAUCCCACUGUGAUAUGCCGGGAAGACAGCAUUGAAGAGGAGUGGAUGGGUUUACUGGAGUACCUUUCGAGAAUCUCUAUUUGUAAAAUGAAGAAAGAUUACCGUAAGAAGUACAGAAAGUACGUGAGAAGCAGAUUCCAGUGCAUCGAAGACAGGAAUGCCCGUCUGGGUGAGAGUGUGAGCCUCAACAAGCGCUACACACGACUGCGCCUCAUCAAGGAGCACCGGAGCCAGCAGGAGAGGGAGCAGGAGCUUCUGGCCAUUGGCAAGACCAAGACGUGUGAGAGCCCCGUGAGUCCCAUUAAGAUGGAGAUGCUGUUUGACCCCGAUGAUGAGCAUUCUGAGCCUGUGCACACCGUGGUGUUCCAGGGAGCGGCAGGGAUUGGGAAAACAAUCCUGGCCAGGAAGAUUAUGUUGGACUGGGCGUCGGGGACACUCUACCAAGACAGGUUUGACUAUCUGUUCUAUAUCCACUGUCGGGAGGUGAGCCUUGUGACACAGAGGAGCCUGGGGGACCUGAUCGUGAGCUGCUGCCCCGACCCAAACCCACCCAUCCACAAGAUCGUGAGAAAACCCUCCAGAAUCCUCUUCCUCAUGGACGGCUUCGACGAGCUGCAAGGUGCCUUUGACGAGCACAUAGGACCGCUCUGCACUGACUGGCAGAAGGCCGAGCGGGGAGACAUUCUCCUGAGCAGCCUCAUCAGAAAGAAGCUGCUUCCCGAGGCCUCUCUGCUCAUCACCACGAGACCUGUGGCCCUGGAGAAACUGCAGCACUUGCUGGACCAUCCUCGGCAUGUGGAGAUCCUGGGUUUCUCCGAGGCCAAAAGGAAAGAGUACUUCUUCAAGUACUUCUCUGAUGAGGCCCAAGCCAGGGCAGCCUUCAGUCUGAUUCAGCAGAACGAGGUCCUCUUCACCAUGUGCUUCAUCCCCCUGGUCUGCUGGAUCGUGUGCACUGGACUGAAACAGCAGAUGGAGAGUGGCAAGAGCCUUGCCCAGACAUCCAAGACCACCACCGCGGUGUACGUCUUCUUCCUUUCCAGUUUGCUGCAGCCCCGGGGAGGGAGCCAGGAGCACCGCCUCUGCGCCCACCUCUGGGGGCUCUGCUCUUUGGCUGCAGAUGGAAUCUGGAACCAGAAAAUCCUGUUUGAGGAGUCCGACCUCAGGAAUCAUGGGCUGCAGAAGGCAGAUGUGUCUGCUUUCCUGAGGAUGAACCUGUUCCAAAAGGAAGUGGACUGCGAGAAGUUCUACAGCUUCAUCCACAUGACUUUCCAGGAGUUCUUUGCUGCCAUGUACUACCUGCUGGAAGAGGAAAAGGAAGGAAGGGCGAACGUUCCAGGGAGUCGUUUGAAGCUUCCCAGCCGAGAUGUGACAGUCCUUCUGGAAAACUAUGGCAAAUUCGAAAAGGGGUAUUUGAUUUUUGUUGUACGUUUCCUCUUUGGCCUGGUAAACCAGGAGAGGACCUCCUACUUGGAGAAGAAAUUAAGUUGCAAGAUCUCUCAGCAAAUCAGGCUGGAGCUGCUGAAAUGGAUUGAAGUGAAAGCCAAAGCCAAGAAGCUGCAGAUCCAGCCCAGUCAGCUGGAAUUGUUCUACUGUUUGUACGAGAUGCAGGAGGAGGACUUCGUGCAAAGGGCCAUGGACUAUUUCCCCAAGAUUGAGAUCAAUCUCUCCACCAGAAUGGACCACGUGGUUUCUUCCUUUUGCAUUGAGAACUGUCAUCGGGUGGAGUCACUGUCCCUGGGGUUUCUCCAUAACAUGCCCAAGGAGGAAGAGGAGGAGGAAAAGGAAGGCCGACACCUUGAUAUGGUGCAGUGUGUCCUCCCAGGCUCCUCUCAUGCUGCCUGUUCUCAUGGAUUGGUGAACAGCCACCUUACUUCCAGUUUUUGCCGGGGCCUCUUUUCAGUUCUGAGCACCAGCCAGAGUCUAACUGAAUUGGACCUCAGUGACAAUUCUCUGGGGGACCCAGGGAUGAGAGUGUUGUGUGAAACGCUCCAGCAUCCUGGCUGUAACAUUCGGAGAUUGUGGUUGGGGCGCUGCGGCCUCUCGCAUGAGUGCUGCUUCGACAUCUCCUUGGUCCUCAGCAGCAACCAGAAGCUGGUGGAGCUGGACCUGAGCGACAACGCCCUCGGUGACUUCGGGAUCAGACUUCUGUGUGUGGGACUGAAGCACCUGUUGUGCAAUCUGAAGAAGCUCUGGUUGGUCAGCUGCUGCCUCACAUCAGCAUGUUGUCAGGAUCUUGCAUCAGUAUUGAGCACCAGCCAUUCCCUGACCAGACUCUAUGUGGGGGAGAAUGCCUUGGGAGACUCAGGAGUCGCAAUUUUAUGUGAAAAAGCCAAGAAUCCACAAUGUAACCUGCAGAAACUGGGUUUGGUGAAUUCUGGCCUUACGUCAGUCUGUUGUUCAGCUUUGUCCUCGGUACUCAGCACUAAUCAGAAUCUCACGCACCUUUACCUGCGAGGCAACACUCUCGGAGACAAGGGGAUCAAACUACUCUGUGAGGGACUCUUGCACCCCGACUGCAAACUUCAGGUGUUGGAAUUAGACAACUGCAACCUCACGUCACACUGCUGCUGGGAUCUUUCCACACUUCUGACCUCCAGCCAGAGCCUGCGAAAGCUGAGCCUGGGCAACAAUGACCUGGGCGACCUGGGGGUCAUGAUGUUCUGUGAAGUGCUGAAACAGCAGAGCUGCCUCCUGCAGAACCUGGGGUUGUCUGAAAUGUAUUUCAAUUACGAGACAAAAAGUGCGUUAGAAACACUUCAAGAAGAAAAGCCUGAGCUGACCGUCGUCUUUGAGCCUUCUUGGUAGGAGUGGAAACGGGGCUGCCAGACGCCAGUGUCCUCCGGUCCCUCCAGCUGGGGGCCCUCAGGUGGAGUGAGCUGCGAUCCAUCCAGGCCAAGACCACAGCUCUGUGAUCCUUCCGGUGGAGUGUCGGAGAAGAGAGCUUGCCGACGAUGCCUUCGUGUACAGAGCUUGGGCAUCUCCUUUACGCCCGGGUGAGGAAGACACCAGGACAAUGACAGCAUCGGAUGUUGUUCUCAUCACAGCGCCUCAGUUAGAGGAUGUUCCUCUUGGUGACCUCAUGUAAUUAGCUCAUUCAAUAAAGCACUUUCUUUAUUUUUCUCUUCUCACUGUCUAACUUUCUUUUUCCUAUCUUUUUUCUUCUUUGUUCUGUUUACUUUUGCUCAUAUCAUCAUUCCCGCUAUCUUUCUAUUAACUGACCACAACACAGAACUAGUUGACUAUAUAUUAUGUUGAAAUUUUAUGGCAGCUAUUUAUUUAUUUAAAAUUUUUGUAAUAGUUUUGUUUUCUAAUAAGAAAAAUCCAUGCUUUUUGUAGCUAGUUGAAAAUUCAGGAAUAUGUAAAACUUUUUGGUAUUUAUUUAAUUAAAUUGUUUCCUUUUCUUAAUUUUAAAAAAGAGUACCUAGAAAUUUUUCAAAUUAUUUCUCUAAACCACUAAAGAUAAAUUAAAUUGUUUGGUGCAUUUUAAAAGUCA